GUUGGGCUUGGACCUUGGACUUGGACUUGGAGUGGCAGGCAACAAUAAUUUCUCUCUCCCUUCCCUUCCUCCUUACGCGAUUGACGCCCCCAACGCAAUCACAGUAACUCAUAAUUCACUUUCUCUCUCUCUCUCUCUCUCUAGAAAAGAGAACGAAGCACGGAGGGAGGAGACACAGGAGAAUAGCAGUUGUCAGGUUAGGGUUUUUAUACGCCAUCUUGGAGACAAGAGUUUCAGAGCGAAAAAUAAAGAAUCGGAACGAAUUCCCGCAGGUGAGGUGUGAACUGUGAACAGACAGCCAGCCAGCCAGGCCCUGGCUGUAGAUUUGUUCAUCUACUCCAACCAAAACGGAGGGGACGACGGGAUGACUUUGAUUCCUAGUUCGGCGCCUCAAAUCAUCAUUUCUCUUUAGAUUGGUCACCUUUCAAACCGCUCCAAGUCGUAGUCUGUCUGAUAACAUUUGAUGUCAAUCACAUCUUGAAGAUUGUGGUUGUAGAGCUGUUGUCUCUGUUUUUUUCUGAGGAGGUUGGUGAAAAUGGAAAUUCAGGCAAUUUUCGGUCCGGGUUCUUCUUCUGUAAAUACAGCAAGGGAAGUGAGAGCGGAAGAAGAUGAAGAGGAGUUCCGGAGCUGUUGCGAAGAUGAAGAUGAAUUAAAGGAGAGGGAAGAAUCGGCAAAAGAACGGUUGCAGAACAAUCUUGAUGACGUUUCAGUCAAUAUGUUCUUCAAGGGUGUGUCAAUGGCUGGUUCUGGAGAAUUUGGUGCUGGGCUUUCCGGGAUUGGAGUCGUCAUGGAAAGAUCGGAUAAGGUUCCUCCUAUCCAAGUGCAGAAAAAACUUGAUUUCUAUGUGGAUGAAUCUGUGGCCAACUAUUUAGCUUUAAUGGAUGGUCUGUUGGAGGCUGCAGGAAAUAAAAUCAAGCGCGUAUUUGCUUUUACUGACUCUGAGAUUUUGUAUGAUCAGAUUGUUAAUGGAAAGAAACUCGAGAAUCCACUUCUGCAAGCAUUAGGACAAAGGAUCCUGGAGCAUGCUGAAGAUCUUGAAGACUUUGUCCUUCACUUGGCGCCCCUCAUUGACCUAGAAAGGCCAUUGCGUUUAGCACAAGUGGCAAUAGGGGUGGUCUCUUUUCUUGCUGAAGGAGAUGAACCAUUUGAAAACUGUUCCAUUUGUUGCGAGGAAAAGCCAAUACAGAUGAUGAUCACAAUGAAAUGUUCUCACAAGUUCUGUUCUCAUUGUAUGAAAACUUAUGUUGAUGGGAAAGUGCUAUCUGCUCAAGUCCCCAUUAGGUGUCCUCAGCUAGGAUGCAAAUACUAUAUUUCAACUAUUGAAUGCAGAUCAUUUCUUCCAGUUACCUCCUAUGAAAUGUUGGAGAGAGCCCUUGCUGAAGCAAAUGUUCUCAACUCAGACAAAAUUUAUUGCCCCUUCUCAAGUUGCUCAGUUCUUCUUGAUCCUCACGAAUGCCUAUCAGCAAGAGCAAGCUCGUCAAGUCAGUCAGAGAGCAAUUGUGUGGAAUGCCCAGUCUGUCAGAGAUUUAUCUGUGUUGAAUGUGAGGUCCCUUGGCAUUCUUCAAUGAGCUGUGAAGAGUAUCAAAACCUCCCUUUGGAGGAGCGGGAAGCUGGUGACAUUACUCUUCAUCGCUUGGCACAAAAUAAAAGGUGGAGACGCUGCCAACAGUGCCGGCGGAUGAUUGAGCUAACACAUGGAUGUUACCACAUGACAUGCUGGUGCGGACAUGAGUUCUGUUAUUCAUGUGGUGCUGGUUACAGGGAAGGGCAACAGACAUGCCAAUGUGCAUUCUGGGAUGAAGAGAAUUCGGAGGAGGACUUGGUUGCUUAUCCUACUCAAGAAUCUGAACAAUGGGCAUGGGAUUCCUUUGAUUCAAUCCCCACGAUUAUGGAUGCGUACACAGAACAAGAGAGAUCACAGCUGCUGCUGAUCCAGAGGUUCCUUGCCGGGGGAUUCAGUUUGAGCGACCAGCAUCCGUAUCAAUCCCCGCCGCGUUGUACAGACUCUUAUGUGGAUGCAAUGAAGGAUCUCCACCAGCUUCCUUGGCUUGAAAGGUUCGUGUCUGUAAUAAGCGAUAACUACUAUGAAGACUACAUCCAGUGAAGCAAAUAUAGGAGACUGGGAAUUCCAGAAACUUCAUACAAGGUUUCCAGCUUCAUGGAAAGUGGUCGGAGGAGGUCAAGAGUCUCUCGCUCUUUCACUCUUUUUUUUUUUUUUUUCAAUUUUUAUUUUCAGUGACCAUGCAUGCAAGUAGGAAGGCCUACUCUCUUUAUGAAGGUUUCAUUAGUCAUUCUACGCCAGAAGACAUAAAUGGCCAUGAAACGAAUUUCCUUCAUCUAGGAAUUGUUGCAUGACCAUGACCAUGAUGAACAUUGCUGCUUUCUUCCCGAAGGAGAGAGGAGGAGUAAGAAGAUAAGUGGAAAAAAACAUUGUUCGGCAACAGAUUUUAAAUCAAUGAAACAAACAUGAACAUUACUUUCUUCUCGAAGGAGAGAGGAAGAGAAAGAAGAUAAGUGGAAAACAUUCUUCGGCAACAGAUUUUAAAUCAAUGAAGCAAACAUGUAUCUCUCUCUCGGACGCCAAGGCAUUUUAAGACGGCUUUGAAAAUAAAAUUUCAAGCGAUUGAUUGAGUGUUAA